UGUUUCAGGUGCUGAAUCGCACACUAUCAGAUGGAAGGAAGUAAAGGGAUCUGUGCACUGAUCAUUGUCCUCCUGUGUUUCAUGCAAGAUUUUGCAUCAUGCUCCGACAUUUUGCAAGGUCCUCAGAAUGUGACGGCCCUCACUGGUUCCAAUGCCAGCUUCACCUGCACCGUACGGACUGGAUGGCAGAGCAUUUCCUGGUACCUGAAAGAUGUUUAUGUUGUCACCAUCUCCACUUCAGGGACCCUUGUUAGUAACAACCAUAUAGUAGUAAGGAACAGCACAAAUAGCAUCGAUGGAGCGUUCACCACUGAAAUGACUAUCAUCAACGUCAACAAGAGCAAUUCUGGGACAGUUAGAUGCAGCAGCCUCUCGGCAUCGUUUAAAGAUGCCUACCUCACGGUUCAAGUAAUGGGAUCGGUCCAGGUAUCUAACGGCAGCUCCAUCACCGUGACCCCCAACUCCACAGUAUACAUCUCCUGCCAGGCCUCAGGAUGGUACCCUACUCCUACCAUCACCUGGAAAAUAAACAACACAGCGGCAAGUAGUAUAUAUUACACUACUGACUACACUACAGGAACUGAUGACUUAGUAAGUGCAGUGAGCACCUUCAUCAUCGUCCCAGAAGCAGAUACAAAUUUAACCUGCUUGGCUACAGUACAGAUGCUGAAUACACCCCUGUCUACAACGGUGUCCAUAGCAGUGCGGGAGUAUAUCCCAGGUUCUAACUCUGGCUUGAGCCAAACGGCCAUUAUCCUCAUUGCUGUCUUUGCAUCGAUUGGAGGGCUCCUGCUCCUGAUUGUCCUCAUCGCCAUUAUAGUGAUAUUCUGCUGCAAGAAGAAGAAGAAAAAGAAAGCGUUGUCAACAUAA